GAUUCCGCAGGUGGCGCGUGUGUGAGCAGUCAGCCCCCGGGGUCGUCUCGGCACCACCACCGCCGCCGCCGCCGCCGUGUCCGUGUCGCCACCUCGCGUCUCUUCUCUCAUUGCGUCCCUCCCCUCCCCCUCGCUUGACAUGGAGGGAGCCCCCCGCAGGCGCCAGGCGAGGAGGGAGCACGCCGAGGCGGUGGGGAACGGCAGCUGCCCCCCUCCGGGUGGGGAGAGCGGGCGAGUCGGGGGCGCCCCGGGGCCUGCCGGCUCGUCGGGGUCCCGGUGCCGCCGCUCGACAGAGUCCGAGGUCUACGACGAUGGCACCAACACGUUCUUCUGGAGAGCACACACUCUCACCGUGCUGUUCGUUCUCAUCUGCACGCUGGUCUAUGUCACCCUCAUAGAGGAGACCCCGCAAGACACAAACUACAACACCAAACGGGGCAUAAUAGCCAGCAUCCUGGUGUUCCUGUGCUUUGGGGUGACGCAAACAAAGGAUGGACCCUUCACUCGACCUCAUCCAGCGUACUGGAGAUUCUGGCUUUGUGUCAGCGUCGUCUAUGAACUUUGUCUCAUCUUCAUCCUCUUUCAGUCGGUGAAUGACGGCCGGCAGUUCAUGAAGUUUAUUGACCCACGGCUGGGAGUGCCUCUGCCAGAGCGGGAUUAUGGUGGAAACUGCCUCAUUUAUGACCCAGAGAAUGAAGAAGAUCCCUGGCAUAACAUCUGGGACAAGUUGGAUGGCUUUGUACCUGCUCAUUUCAUCGGCUGGUGCUUCAAGACGGUGAUGAUCCGCGACUGGUGGAUGUGCAUGAUCGUGAGCGUCAUGUUCGAGUUCCUGGAGUACUCUCUGGAGCACCAGCUGCCCAACUUCAGCGAGUGCUGGUGGGACCACUGGAUCAUGGAUGUGAUUCUGUGCAAUGGGCUGGGCAUCUACUGCGGGAUGAAGAUUUUGGAGUGGCUGUCCAUGAAGACAUACUCUUGGCAGGGGCUCUGGUGCAUUCCGACCUACAAGGGUAAAAUCAAGCGCAUGGCGUUCCAGUUCACGCCAUACAGCUGGGUUCGCUUCGAGUGGAAGCCGGCCUCAAGCCUGCAACGCUGGCUCGCUGUGUGCGGCCUCAUCUUCAUGUUCCUUCUCGCUGAACUCAACACGUUCUACCUCAAGUUCGUGAUGUGGAUGCCUCCCGAGCACUACCUGGUGCUGCUGCGCCUCAUCUUCUUUGUCAACGUGGGCGGCGUCGCCAUGCGCGAGGUCUACGACUUCAUGGAUGAUCCGAGAUUCAACAAGAAGCUUGGCCAGCAGGCGUGGCUGGUAGCUGCCAUCAUCGUCACCGAGUUCCUCAUCGUGCUUAAGUACGACACAGUCACAAUCCUGAAGCCACUGCCCUUCUACGUGUCGCAGCUGUGGGUGUGCGGCCUUCUCGGUAUCCUCGCCUGGACCGUAUGGCGUUUCUUCAUCAGGGACGUGAAAAUGAAAUGCCAGGAGAUCCGGGCGCAGCACGAAGAGACUCUGAGGAAGCAGGAACGAGGGGAGCUCAACGCCAGCGACACCGCGAGGAGCAGUGCCGCUUCCCUUCCCGUCGACUUCUCCCAAGCGGAGCGCCGGGCGGCCACUGCUAUGCAGACGGCCACCACCACGACCACCACAGUCAGCCGGCGACGGAAAUAGAACACUGGGACAGAAACGUAGCUUCCUGCGUGGCUGGGCCCCAGCUCUGCUCUUUCCGUGGAGCUCCUUGUAUGAGCAGCUUUUGUGUAGAGAAAUUGCCCAGAAACAACAAGAAAUUUAAAUUGGUCUUCCCCAAAUACUGUUGCAGUUUUACGAAUCGUGAACGUGAGUUUGUGAACCGCCAAGUGUGGCCGUGAUCGUUGGGUCGCACUCUUGUGACUGCACGUGUGCUACUAGCGGCCUUGUGUACAUGAAGCUUGCGACUUGCGUUGCCCGGUAGCUUUCGCUGUUUGCUGCCGCCGAGGGCUACAAGCUCAGGAAUGAGCAGUUGUUUCGUUGAAGCCAUGGCAGGUUGCCACAGCUCGUGUUUUCAUUCGCCACUCGCCCCACAUGAUGGCUGCGAGCGUGACUUGGUCAGGUGGACUUAGCUGUUGGCCUCACUACAGGUGCCCUCAGAGAAAACAAAAGUAUUGGCGUUGUUAUUGAGUCAGAGCAAAAUUAACGGUUUGCUCGAAUCCUUUAACGGUCACUGAUCAAGUUAAUUGUAUUACAGCACGUGAUUGUUGAUUAUGAAUGUCGAUGUUAGCUGUGUGCUUGGUAUAGUUUUAAAUAAUAUCUGGUGCCGUAAUUCAAUAUCGUUUUAGGCCACAACCUGUGGAUUUGCUUUACCGUUGGUAAUGUACAGCAGUGAUGUGCAGCAGGAACUUUGCAUUAGAGUCAUGUGAUCAUACAGCAGUGUAUUUCCAAUUAGCUUGUGCCUCACACUUGGAUAUGGUUAUAUAUCGACAUGUGAGGCUUUCACAUUUAAUUCAUGUAUUCAUAGUCAAACAACUGUAAUUGGUUUUAUGUUUCUUUCGAAGCAAACACUGGGGAGCAUGGGUUAAUAUGUCAUUGCAAAUGCUUGUGUGGCAUUACCAGAUGUGUCCUUGAUUGUUAAGAGAGUGAGACAUUACAUAACUGCAGAGAUUGCAGUUGAUUCAGUGUGCUGAUUUUAAAUAAUUGAGUUAUGAAUUUAUGAUUGGCCCCUGUGCAAAUAGGCAUGUGGCUGUACUCUGUCUCUAUUGGAGAUCUUGAACCAGUGUUUGAAAUUCCAUAUAUACAUGGCAGGAAUCGUAGAAUACCCACUGUAGGCUUCCCAAUGGGUAGUUAGCGCCGGACUCCAGGUGGCGUGUAUUGCACUCACCCCAGAUCGACGAUGAUGUUGAUGAUAGCCGAGACAAACAUUGCAAUUACAAAUACCUUGAUAUUCACAGAAGUAUUUUUUGUUAUCAAAAUAUUUCCUGUGUAGUGGUAGUACAGUGAUUAGCAUACUUCACAGAACUUGGAAACCUGAGUGCACAGCGGUGGCGAGGGAUAUUUGAACCAAUCCUGUCCCACGCCAAACUCCCUCCCUUCAAACUGCACUGACCGGCGUGGUGAAGUAUGGUUAAAAAAACUUCCAUGACCAAAAUGCAUGGGGAGGACCUUUUUCAACAGUAGGUUGACAAAGGACUGUACAUUAUUAUUGUUAAUAUUCUGUAACAGUUAAAUGUAACGGAUGUCAAUGGGCAGAGACUCGCUCACGGUUUUAAAUGCAAUGCAAUUAAAACUCUUGUUCAUAGUGGACAUCGCAAAAACGAAUACCAAGCCAUCAGUGUUAUUAGGGGCGCCACGGUGGCGAGAUGUUAACUACCUCAGCUGGUAUACAGGAGGUCGUGGGUUGGUUCCCGAUCCUGAUGCCUGCUGCUGUAUAUUUGGAGUUUGCAUGUUCUCCCCGUGGUCGCAUGGGUUUUUUCUCCCGAGUCUUCUGUUUUUUCUCUCCACAUUUAGAGACAUGCUUUUAGAGUAUUUGGCUCCUUCAAAAUUCUACGUGAUGAGCCACUUCGUUGAGCUGAAAAAGAGCUAUUUAACUCAGUGGGCCUUACCUGGUAAGAUAAAAAAUAAUAGUUUAGUUUUAGUUCACUUGUUAGUCACCUGAAUUCCAUUGAAAGCCAUGGAGAAUUAUUACAACGACAUGCAAACCUUCUAAAUUGGACUCAAACAUAUAUAAACCAAAUUCUUGAAAAGUUUAGUUUUCCUGGAGAUUAUAUGAAUGAGAAGAGUGAAACGAGUUCUGUUUUAGGAGUGUGACUUAGCAACCAGAGGCUGGUGCUGUUGUGUGGGCCAAGCAUCGAAUCACCACAGCGUCUAUUCAACAGGGGGCGUUGAGCUUCAUUGAAUUAUGUUCACCUGUUCCAAUUUCCACAGCGGUCGGUCACCAUCAUCUUAAUGACCUCCGAAUAGAGGGCCCUCAUCUCCUUUCACAAAUCUUGAUGCCGAUGGAGCCAGCUUUCUGAAUCUUGAGUAUUUUACUGAAUUAUUAUUUACGGUAAUAUUCUGAAUGCUGCUGUGGUGUAAUCGUGAGCACACAUCUGGUCUCCCAGCAUGGCAGUUGAAGCAAUGGAAACAUUGUUUUAAAUCGUUCCACCUUUGUCCACCGACAGACAGGUCGAGUGCGGUUGGUUAAAGUGUGGGUAUCUCCACCUCCUCUAAAAUGUCCAGCCAGCAUGGAAGAGUAGACACAAGUAUAACCCGUAAAAACAAAGUUUUUCACUAUAAAUCCUUUAUAUGCGUGGCGACUAGAGUCCUCUCGUCCUCUGGCUUGAGAUGGCUGCCACCUAUGGGUCAGAAGAUUGUCUGGCAGCAUUAAACAAUUGGUAAUUAAAUAUUUUUUUUAAUUCCCUAAACAGUGUAAAAUUUUGGAAACAUUUUUUCACGAAAAUGCAUUGUCACGCACAACGAGUCUGUGUGCAAAAUGUCAGCUCGAUUGGAUCACGGGAAGUGGGUUAAAAAAUUACCGAAAGAUUUGCACGGUCCUAAGCAAGCAAGCGAACUUAAUAUAAAGGAUUUCAAAAUAAGAGAUUAUCUGCAGAGAUCCCUUGAGAGGAGAUCGAUAUAUCCCCUAGAGUGGCGUGAGAAAGCAAUGGCAGCCCUGCACCUUUACCUUUUUACAGUAAUAGUUUCACCUUAACUUUCAGUACCCAUUUCAAAGAAAAUUAAACAUUUUAAUUGGGUGGUGGCUAUGCACUCCUGUAAUCCAGCACUGUGGAGGCAAGUGUUGGUGGAUCGCUCGCAUGUUAUGAAACUCCUUUUCUGUGGGCAUUGAGGUGUCGUACCCUGGAGGCAGUAAAGCAAGUGGACUAUUCUCCAUUUGUUUCAUCUCUACGUAGAUAGUGUUUCCCCCUCGCACAAGUGGGGUUUCUCCGAGUGCUCUGGUUUACUCCCACGUGUAUGAACAUUCAUUGGUUGAAAACCUCUUACAUUAAAAAAACAAUGCAGGACCCUCCUGAAAAUGAGUCCUAUGACUCGGUGGCUUUCCUGGAUAAAUAAGUAUUCAAAUAUUAGCUUUCCAUUUGUAUGCAUUGGAUAACUGGUACAAUGUGUUUACUUGGGGUAUAACGAUGCAUCGAUUAGUUGAUUAAUGUUGAGUGUUAAGCUCACGAUACACUAUUUUAAUCGGUAUGUGUUGUAUACAAUGGAUUCACGUGACCCCAAAGUUUUUCACUAUAAAUCCUUUAUAUGCGUGGCGGCUAGAGUCCUCUCGUCCUCUGGCUUGAGAUGGCUGCCACCUAUGGGUCAGAUGAUUGCUUUGCACCAUUAAGCAAUUGGUAAUUAAAUAUAAUAUUUUUGUCCUAAAAAGUGUAAAAUUUGGAAAAAAAAAUUCACGAACAUUAAUUGUCACGCACAACGAGUCUGUGUGGAAAAUGUCAGCUCGAUUGGAUCACGAGAAGUGGGUUAAAAAACGACCUUCAGAUUCCCAUGGGGGGGAGUGCGUGUGAAUCGUUGCACUCGGGAAUUUUACCACACAAAUUCACACCUGUUGAAAGAUAAUUUGACCAAACACUAUUGAAGAUAUUAACUGCCAAUGCACAUGAUAAUUGGUUCUUUACCCUUCUAUCUGGCAACAAAACCAAUUAUCAUAUUUUUACUGGCAAAUGAGGUCCCCAUAGUGCCAAUGCACAGGUAAUAUAUUUCUAAAAAUGUGUUGGCCUACUAUAAUUUUAACUUGUGAAAUCUUUGUUUGGUAAAAACACAUUGAUGCAGCAAUUGGCGGGUGAUAACCUGCAAUUAUGAUGCAGAAUUGAUGGGGCUUGCAUUUCGUGUGCUUCGUUACCUUCAUCACAUGCGUCUGCAAAUUCACACUUCGAACGAUGCCUAUGAAUUACCGUGUAAUGACUAGGCAAAUAUAUAUUUUGACUGUCCAGAUGUUGCCUUGUAGCAGUUAUAAUUGUUUGAUUUAAGAACAGAAAAUGUACCCAGUAAUCAUUGUUUAAUGUUUCUGUUAUUAAUUCUGUUAUUGUCUGCAUCAGUGUUGGCCUCAAAAGUCCCUAUCCCUGUUAUGUGUUGAACUAUUUACAUUUAGAAAAAAAAAUAUUGGUAGACUUUAUUAGAGCAAUUCCGAUGCAGGUCAUUGCGUAACAUAUUGGUAAUAUAUUUAUCAUUCGGUAAGUUUGAAAAGAAAUUGCAAUGACGAAUAUUAAGUCCUUAAAUUAUGCAUAUUUUAUGUUUGGCACCAAAACAUAAUUUUUUGACUUUUCAGCCAUGUGCAGUUUAUUUGUUUUGAGCAAGUGUACACGUACUUUGAUGUGAACGCAGUGUAAUUAUUUGGGUACGAUCAGCUCUCAGUCACGAUAGAUGUGGGCACUCAUAAAAAUAUGUAAUUGACCAUUAUGUACACGCGUUGCCCCACAUUGUGUUGAAUUUGUUGAUGUGCAACUCCAAGCCGCUGGGGCUAAAACCAGUCAGAAUUUUGCCUAUUAAAUAAAUGGGCACUCCGUUUGAAAUGUUGUUUUGAACACUUGGAUAUUAAGACAACAAAUCGGGAACCAUACGUUUGUAUGGUAAAUUCACGAACUCUGUAACGUUUUGCUUGGACACAAAGUGUCUAAAUGUGGUUCAUACUGGAUGCUUUAACAUUCCUCAACAUGUCCACAUUGAUCGUCGUGCGCGCUCAGACGUUACAUACACAGGAUGAUUCUAAAAUCAGUAUGAUUUCUGACUUUUGCUGCACCGGAUGUGUUAUUGGAAACCCCUACAAGCCCUAAAUUGGCCUUGACAGUCCUGCCAGGUUCUGUAUUUGCGAUUUGAAAAAGUGUUUUUUUAGUUGCAAAUGCAUUUAAUGUGGUUGAACACUUGAAUCUCAAGCUGUGCCACCUCUACAUUGUUAAUGUUUUUUGAGAUCGAAAAAAUAAAGAGAAUUAAUCUUAAAUCUCAUGGUUCCUUGCUGGUGGUCAAUGAUUUGUCUUUACCCUGCAAUUGCUAUCAUGAUAUUGACAUGUCGUGAUAUGAAGAAAUCCAUUCGAAAAUCUCAGCGUGCGGUCGAUCUGAUAAUAAACAUCCCACCGAAUAGAUUUUUUUCACAGAACUGAAAAAUCAUACAUAUGGUACUGUACAGAAUGUUUUUUUUAUAUAUUUGACCUGGAAUUUAGGCAAAUCAAGUCCAAACCAUAAUUAAACAUGGUAUGAGCUGGAUAUAAGCACACCCCUUGGGAACAAGUAUAGGUCCAAUCUGAAGUGUGCUCGCAACAUGUUGCCCGUCACCUUCCUCCCCACCAGCGUAAU